AUGGCGUACAAACGCCCACGUGCGAAUUCACCUUCGUCCGCCCAGAAGCGAUCCCGUCCAUCCAAAUAUGUGUCUCUUGGCACCGAGCUGCCAGAUGAAGACGGCGACGAUGGCGCCUUCGUGCCAGUAUGGAAGCAGACCGUGACCGACGAACGAGGUCGCAGGAGACUCCACGGUGCAUUUACUGGAGGCUUCAGUGCAGGAUACUUUAAUACAGUUGGAUCUAAAGAAGGAUGGGCACCCAAGACCUUUGUAUCUUCCCGCGCGAACCGCAACAAAGACCAAUCCCAUGGCCAGACGCAGCGAGCCGAGGAUUUCAUGGACGAGGAGGAUUUGGCGCAAGCGGCUGAGUCUCGUCAGCUCGAGACUGCGCAGAACUUUGCUGGCAUAGGCGAAGCUGGUGCAGGGGAUGAGAACGAUGUUUUUGGGCUCUUCCUGACUCAAGAGGAGACCAUGGGCGUGAAGAUUGCGCAGAAGAUGGGCUGGCGCAGAGACCAGGGCAUUGGUCGGAAAGUUCGUCGCAAUGCUCGCCUGGAGGAUGACGCUUCUGGAGACUCAGCUGCACACAUGUUCGCUCCAGAGGAUGCCCGAAUCAUGACAAUCUCACGGGAGGAAGUGAAGCGAAAAGGCCUGGGAUACUUGUCGGAAGCCCGACUGAGUGUAGCAGCGGAUAAACAGCCAGAGCGCAGCGCCAUACCGGACAUGCAUUUCCUCGAGGACUCAAAAAAGUCAGCGUUGAAGAAGCCCGUUGUCAAGAAGUCAUCGUUCGGUGUUGGCAUUCUGAACGACACUGGCUCCGAUGACGAAGACCCGUACGAGCUUGGGCCCAAGAUUACGUUCAACAAGACGAUUGGCAAAGACAAGAAGACGAAAAAGCCAAGCAAGUUCGCCAAAGCAGGCAUCCCUGAUAAGCCGGUGUUUGUGUCCAGGAAGAAGGAUACUUCCAAGUCGCUCACGCUGCUAUCGAGGAAUUCCAUGGACGGAAAGCCACCGCUGAAGGGUUUCACUCUAGCCACGGACAUCGCCGAACUCAGAAAUAAACCCAAAUACCCGCCGCCCAAGAUACCCCCUGGUUGGAAGUCCUCAAAGAAUGCUGCUGCUGCAGAUCCUGCCAAGUAUCAAUCUGUUGCGGAAGCAGCAAAGGCCUCGACUCUCGACACUAAGGCACGUUCGGCACUCUUGGGAGAAAAGGCCCUUCCCGGCAAAUCAGUCUUCGACUUCAUACCUAAGGAUGCUCGCGACCGUCUCGCCAAUCUCUCUGGUAGAGCCGACCUGCCUCAAGGUUUAGGCCAAUCCGGUCCUGAAGGCCACUUACCAGCCGCCACCGCGCAGCCCAAAGAUCUCUGGAGCCUCGUCCCCUUUCUCGACAAGGGAAUUGCGGCAGGGGCGUUAGCAAAAGGCGCAACAGGCUGGAUGCCGUAUUCCGAAGACCCUGCGAAGCGCGCACGAUACGUCGGGUUCCUUGAGCUCCGCGCCGGUCUGAAGACUGACCUGCCGGAGCGAACGUCUGGCCUUUCAAUCUCAGACUGGGUCAAGGAAUUGCAGGAAUUCGCGCAUGCCGCUGAGGUCUUCAAGCCGACGACGGGCAUCAUGGCUUCGAGAUUCACGUCUUCGAGCUCGUCUACGAUACAAGGCAGUGCGGGGAGUGGUCAAGAGAAUGUCCUCCGCCAACCCACAGCGAAACCAGAAGAUCCAGCGGAACAAGCAGCGAAGCUGGGCAUGUAUGGCGCCAUGACACGGACUACGUUCCCUUUUCAUCCAUCGCGAUUACUCUGCAAGCGCUUCAAUGUCAAGCCGCCGCCUGAUAUGCCGCCUGGUGGUGACGCCGGUGAAGGUGGUUUUAGAAAGGAGACGGAAGAAGUAGUAUCGAAGAAUGCUAUGGAGAAGAUGCUGCAUGAGGUCUUGACGAAUGGGCCGGGGCUGCAGAGACCGGCGUGGAUGGGAAAGGCUGACGGGCCUAAGGAGACGCCACAGACUGAUCAUGCGGUUGUGGAUGUAGAGAAGAAUGAGGCACUGACUAGUGAGCGCGCGCCAGAAGAUGUGUUUAAAGCAAUUUUUGGCGAUGAUGAUGAAGACGACUGA